CAGCGCUGCCGCUGGGUUGAGGAAAUUGAUGACGGGGAAGCAUGCGGGCAACGCAGUGUAUAAAACUCAUAAACGUGUAGGCAGAAGCUCAGCUACUACUUUGGACGGCUGCUUCCCGCCAGCAAAGACCACGACGGCAGGGAGCUGAGCCCGAGCCAGCUGGGAGACAUGAAGAGCCUCUUGCUGCUGACCACGCUCCUGGUACCUGUGCACCUGGCUAUGGCCUGGAGCGCCAAGUACGCGGUGGAUUGCCCAGAUCAGUGCGACAACAGUGAGUGCAGAAGUAGCCUGCGUUGCAAGAGGACAGUGCUGGAUGACUGUGGCUGCUGUCAGGUGUGUGCCGCGGGGCCCGGAGAAACCUGCUACCGUACAGUCUCAGGCAUGGACGGCGUCAAGUGUGGUCCGGGGCUGAAAUGUCACUUUUACAGUGAGGAGGAUGAUUUCGGCGACGAGUUUGGUAUUUGCAAAGACUGUCCCUAUGGCACUUUCGGGAUGGAAUGCAAAGAGACUUGCAAUUGCCAGUCGGGCAUAUGUGACAGGGUGACCGGGAGGUGCCUGGAAUUUCCCUUCUUCCAGUAUGCAGCAGCCAAGUUGCCCAGCAGGACCGCUGCCUCUCACACAGAGCGCGAUGUGGCGUCUGGAGAUGGCAAUGCGGUGAGAGAGGAGAUUGCUGAAGGGAACGCUGCUCGGCCCUCGGUAAUGAAAUGGUUAAAGCCGCGCUGAUCCUGCCUGAGAUUUGCUAAGAGAAGGCUCCACUUCAGUGACCAACGUUCAUCCACCAUUUUAAGAGCUGUCUAGAGGAUGGACUAUGGACAUGUAAUUUAUGGAGAUCAAGUGUGUUUCAGAAAGGAUCCAGAAAAAAAAAUAUAGGCAAUAUACAACCCAUAAAACACGUAUGACUGAACACUUUUAGAUAUUGUUAAA